AUGACAGAUUCGGAGGAGCGAUCGAGGGAGGAGGAGCAUCAGCAGACGCCAUCAAUGUCGCAGGCAGCGGCUAAUAAUAAUCAUAAUUCGCAGAUGUUUUUAGAUGGCAUCGUAAAUCAGUCGACUGCCGCUGAGUCAGCGGUGUUUUGUUGGUCAAAAACGUCGCCGGAAGUGCUCGGAAUGGCAGGGCAAUUUCCGGUUAACCUAAAAGAAACCACUUGGCCGAAGAGUUUACCCAUGAAUCACUCGAAUUACAGCAGGAAAAUACAAAUAUGUCAGCCAUAUUUCCAACCAAUUCAAGCAGGAAAGUUUCCCAUGCAUCUGAAUCUCAGGAUAAACCAGGGAUUUCCCUUGUAUCAAUGGGAAGUAGCCUCUGUUUACCAAUUAGAAACAGAAAUCCCUAGAGAAACCAGUGAAAUUAUACUUUUUAACACACAUCAAGUAUACGCCCCGUAUAGACCAACCUUCCCCCUACAACAAGUAUACGCACCGUGGCGCCUUAAUUUCCCUCAACUCCUGCAGCUGCCCCGCAAAAAUUCCGAUGGCUUCUUCCCAGAAAUCAGCACUACGAUGACCCGCCGGCGAGACGCACAGGUGGCCACCGGCUCACCCACUGAGAAGGAGGCGCCCCAGGAAUUUCCCAUAAUUAAAAAACGAUUUGUUAGCUUUCCCAAUUAUCGAGCAAUGCCUCAAGAUGGGCCACGACUACAGCUACAGGCACCCACUACAAAAACAACGAUGACGCAGCCGGGCCUCGAAAUAAAUGGAGGAGGAGCAAGAGCAGCCAGUGGUGUACAUAAGGUGCCUCCGAUGUUUGAUAAUGAACUCGAGGUCGGGCAAGAAGAGGGGGAGGCUUUCGCAUUAAACUUGAACGUGGCAAGGGAAAUCGAGCAUCAACAGGCGGAAAAUCUUAAUGACGCCUUCGGGGAGAAGCGACACAACUACGACCACAAAAACGACGACGCCAUUAGCGCGGAUUUGGCCAAAAAUAAACGCGAAAUAUGCGAGCAAAGCAAAUUAGAGAAGGCCGAAGAUCAUAAUGAGGCAAAUAUGAGAGAUUUCGAGAGGCAGCAGAAGCAUCAGCAGUCAAUAUGUUUGGCCAGGGAGCAGCAGACAAUAGAUGGGCAUCGGAUGGGGAAUGGCUAUAGCAACCACCUCUCAGACGGCCGCGAAUCGUCGCCAGAGAAGCAACUAGCCGUGAAUCUCCGCGAGCGGAAUCUUGAACCGCUAAGGAAUCCGAAUCCGAAUCCGAAUCCCCAGCCAAAUAUAGAAUUACUAAAGAGUUCCGUGCGCGUUUUCCUCGACGAGAGGAACUACUGGGAUUGGAAUUGGCAAAGCGACUGGGACUGGGAGCUGCUCGACCUUCUAACCCAGGCCAUUGAAUUGAUUUGUAAGCAACCCAAAGAGGAUAAUCAGUAUCAUCAGGACACGGGUAACCUUUGGAGCGAGUCACCAGCCGCCGGAGCGGACAUGACCGUGAGCAAAGUCAGCGAGGAGCGGGAGACAGAAACGACCGUCGACGUUUAUCCCGCCGAGCAACUCGAUCAACAGCCGGCGGACCAAGCGGAUGACCAUAAUAAUAAUAGUAAUAAUAUCAUAGAAGCACCCUUAGCCAGCGAAAUGAAGUACGAACUUAAGACAGCGAGUCCUUCACUGCCCAGCAGAAGUCCUCAAAGGGAAUCCCCCGUUAGCAGACUAAGUACCUCUAGUCGUAUACGCAAUGUGGAGCUUCCAAGUGCGACGGCUUUCCCCUCCACCACUCAUCUUACCCAUGCUCCUCUCCUAAGGGAUUUGAAACCCACCUCUAUUAGCAGGGAUAGCAUCUCCUCCAUCUCCUCCUCCAUCGAUGCGGAUUCAGUGCUGCCCGAAAGAACUCGCUUAAGACGCCAGCGACGCGUUCGUUCGCAGGAUUCCGUGGAGGAGAAACCAGAGGAUGUCAUAGAGAGGUUAAAUAAACUCAAGGCAAGGAUCUCUGGGGCACUCAGUGAAGUCAAGGGAGUCCUCAAGCAGUACAGCACGGAAAGUGAAGCGGAAGGAGCGGCGUCGGUGGAACAGUCCCAAUUGAAACCAGGAGGAGAUGAAGAACCUGCUCCCAUUGCCUUUCGUUUUGUAAAGAAAGUGCGACGACGCAGCUACUUUGAUGAGGCCGAAGAGGAAAAGGAGCAGGAAAAUGACUCUACAACUAAAGAGAGCCAGGAAAAUAAAAUAGACACUACUGAAAAAGAAAUCAAAGAGGAGGAAGCUGGGAAAACUACUCAGGAUACCAAGAUCCAAAGAGAACAGACACCCUUUGCUAGAGAUCUUUCAGAGGUUCCAGAAAAACCAGAGGACCAAGCCAAUAAAAAGAAGGAAAUCAGUGAAAACCAAGAGAUCAAAUCUAAUGAAAAGUUUGAGACACCUUCAAAAGAUAUCAAAAUCAAUGAAAAUCAAGAAACCAAAGAGUUGGAAAAUCAGGAUACCAAGUCACCUAAAGAUCAGGAUAAUUUAGAUGGUAAUAUUACUAGUAUAAGAACCCAAGAAAUUAAAGAAAAUAUUGGAGAUUCAGAACAACAGAAAAACAUUAAAGAUCACGAAGUAAAAUCUCAUAUCAAAGAAGCUCUAGAUCCCAAAAUCUCCGAGGAAAAACUAGAGGUACCCAAAAUAAAUGGAGAAUUACCAAUGACACCUGAACAAAUCAAACCAGCUGAGAAGAGUAAAACCCAGGCCAAAAUUGAGUUCCUGGCCAAGGUGCAAAGUGAACUCAAGUCAAAAUCGGUUAGGGAAGCAACUCCCAAGGAAGAAAUAACCAAGGAAGACACUACCAAAAAAGAAACUACCAAAGAUGAAACCUCUAAGGAAGCAAUUACCAUGGAAUCAUCGCCAAAAGAAACAACAAAUAUAGAUGCCACCUCCUCAGAGACCCCGCCAGAUGAGUCAUCACCCGCAUCGCAACCACCGAGCAGCACCAAGAUCAAGAAGAAAGUCAUCGUGAAGGUGAAGAACCCCAGACGCGCCUCGAUCGCCGCCGUGGAGCCAUCCAAGAUCAAGGUGGAGCCUUUCGUCGAGCAGAGCGAUGCUCUCAUCGCCCAGCGACGACCCUCCGAUUCCGAAGCGAUUGUCAAGUGCAAGAAGAAGCUGAAAUUGAUGGGCGACACGGCGGCAUCUGCAGUCGCCUCUACAGAUAUAAAAACAGUCCCAAGAGCAGCGAUAAAAGAGGAGGCGGUGGAGGUCAGCGUGGUGCCAGCCAAGUUGCCCAGUGCCAAGAGCGGCGACCAAGGAGAAGCGGCUACAACUGCAGCAGCAAUACAAGUAGAAGCACCUCCAAUCGAUGCUGAUCGUCUAGAGAUUGCCAAUCUAGCGCCAGCAGGCGAUCGAAGCAGACGCGCCAGCCUGAAACUAGCGGAGUUGGUGGGUGAAACGGUGCUGGUGGUGCCGGCAGCAGCACCAAAGCAACCAGAGUCCAAAGAACCCAUCAGUCAUCAAGAGGAGGAGAAGGAGGAGCUGCAACAGGUGGCCAUCGCCGCUGACAUUGUGCAUCCGCAAAUAGCAGCGACAUUGAGGCACGAAGAAUCGUCGGCUGAAGAUUCAUCGACCGCAGAGGCUACAAAAGCCGGAGAACAGGCGCCAAGCGGCGACAGUCUAGCCGCCAUGCCGGAGCUGAAAGUACUCGCCGGUCCGGUGCAGCCGGUCAAGAUCGAGACGGUGGAGCACACCCAGGAUGAGGCGAAAAUCCAGGAGGUUCUAGCGAAGAAAAAGCCUGCGAAUCUCAAGAAACUGGUGCGCAAGAAUUCCCUGGACAAGGAGCAGCCGGUGAAGCAGGAAAAGCAGGACCCUAGUAAGCUGAGCAACAUACUCAGGGAUCGCAACAAGAUCAAUGAGCUGUCCUCCAGGAUCAACAAGCUUACGCCGCCCAAGAAGCAGGUGAAACCCAAGGAGGAGGAAAAGAAGGCUAUAGCUAUUGCUGAACCCAAGCCCGAAGAAGUAGCUCCUCCUCUCGAGGAAACUCCUGUGGAGAAUGAAGAAAUCCUGGAGGCAGAAACCGAACCCAUAGAAGAACCUGCGCCCAAACCCAAAAAACCCAGGAAAGUCAAAAAGAAGGUGAUCAUCAAGCGGCAGAAGCGACGCCUCUCCGUUGGCGACACUUUCUUCCUCCAGCCGGAGCCCGAGGAGCCCGUCAUUCCCGAGGUGGAGACCAUCGAGCGGGCCAUAGCCUAUGUAACGGAUGACGAGGAGGAGCAGGAGGAUAGCAAGGUGACUCCACCGGAAGAGGAGAAGCCAGAACCCCUCAAAUCCUGCCUGCACAUAAGGGAGUACAAGAUCGGGGAUCUGGUGAUGUAUGCCGAACGCUAUCGCAAGACCCAGGUGCGCUGGAAGCGGGGACGAGUGCUGGAGAGGAUUACCAGCAUCUCGUACAAGCUGGAGAUCGAGGGCAAGGAGGUGCCCGCCCACGUGAGCUAUAUAAAGAAGUACACUGGGCGAAAAGUGCGCUUCGGGAACAAGGAGUACCUGGAAAUCGACUACGAACAGGUGGCCGAGGAGGAGCGACGGGCGGCCAGCUACAGCAUAUGGAACAUGGUGUAGAUAGAUGAUAGAUAUACCUUAUAAAGGGUAUAUAUAUAUAGAUAGCCCACCCCUAGUGGUGUGUCCAGUGUCCAGCCAUCUUUGAGUGGAAUUAAAAAAUUUCCAUUCGCCAUGCGAGGUAAUUUUUUAAGGAUCUCAACUCGACAUUCAGUUAUGUUAUAGUGAUUCGUCCUUAGACCUUAGACCUUAGUC